AUGACACCGGAAAAUGCAGUUUUACAUAAUUUACGCGAUUCGAUAAGCCGUAUUGUCGACAAUUUGCAUUUUACGAGCAUCGACGAAGCUGCGCAUGCCCGGCUCGUUGGUCUAGUCGCCGAUAAGCUGACGACGAUGGGUGACACGUGUCGAGCACUUCUGGAGAAUUCUGGAAGAACGGGAAUCGGCUUGAAUUCGGCGAUCGAUUUGAAAUAUUUAUUCAAAAUUCAUCAUGUCGAUUUGCGCAGCCUUCUGGAGUACACACAACAAGUUCGACCAUUUCCGCCGAAAAACUACGAAAUUCACGGAGACGAGUCUGCGGCGAUGCUGAAAUCGAAAAAAUUGAAAAACGAAAAUUUGAAAAAACCGGAAAAACCAAAAGUGAUUCGACAUCCCACACCGCCGAGUUAUAACAUUCCAAUCUACGAUAACAUGUCCCCUCACCAACUCGGCUACAACUCCGAAGUCGAUGCUGAAGCCACGCCCCUAAUUCCCGAUUUUCCAAAUUCCACAAAAAUUCCGUCGACACCACCAUCAGAAUCCCCUCAAAUUCAUCAUCUUCCACCGCCGCCACCACCUCCUCCGAUUCCUCCGAUUCCAUAUUUUCCAACGUCUUCUGAACGACUUUUCGAAGAAUUCAUCCCGAUUUUCGAUCCGAUAGUUCCACCGCCGCCAGUUUACACUGUUCCAGAACCUGUCGUUAAGCUCAAAAUAUUCAAAGCCGAUCCACCACUGAUUUACGAGCCAAAACACCAUGAUCGAGACGAUCGAAUCCCACAAAAAUGGCCGAAAUUCGAUAAAUAUCGUCUGCCAAAAUCGGAAAAACGGACUCAAAAACUGGAAAAAACGCCAUCAAAUGCAUCGAUUUCUGGUCCAAAAAUGACACGAAAACGAUUGAUGCAAACGAAUUACGAACGACGGCUGAGAAAUGAACAAAUGGCACGGGAAGAGAGAAAAAAAGAGAAACUGCUGGAAAAAUUGAAACAACGAGAGGAAAUGGAGAGAAAACAUCAGAGAGUCGAAGAGCCGCCCGUUCGAAAAUUCAAAGGAAGACUGCCGAGAUUGGUGUUGAAAGUGCCCAAGGAGACGUUGAAAGAGCUGAAAAAUGAUGAACCAAUCUCAUCGGGUCCACUUCUUCCAUUGUCGCCCAAGAAAGACGAAAAUCACAAUUUGAUGAUUUCAAAAUCUUCGAAACCUCAUCAUCGGAAUUCUGCCGCCACGUCAUCUGAAUUUAGAAAAGUGAAAACGGAGAAUAUUGGCGAUAGAGCGCCAUUGCUGAAGAUGAAAAUUUCAUUUAGAAAGUGUUAUGAGGGAGCAAUGAUAAUGAAAGUGGUAACCACUGAUUAUCAGAAGAUUUUCAAUGGAGCAUGGCAGCCGCUAGUUGGCACGUGGCAGAGCAGAAAUGGCGUUUACUCGAAAACGACACUUCCCCGAAGAGCCCAAAAAAGAGCAUCCACCACUCCAUCAUCAGCAACGUCUUCUAAAAAUCUUCCAAAGAUAAAAUUCAAGAGAAAUUCGGAUAACGAUUAUUCGAUAAUUUAA